GAGAGGUGAGGUCGUCGCAACGCAGCACAUCGUUCGGUUAAUCGUGGAACGCGAGAGAUUCCCCGGUUCAAGGAGUUCUCCAGUGACGUCACGCGGACGAUCGGCCCCAAACACCUCGUCCAAUGACGGCGCGGCGCAGGCUGGUGGGGUUCCGGUUUCGUCUGCACGCGCUAUAAAGCCUCACUAAUUGCCCACGCCGAGAACAGUCCGUGCGUGCCCCUUUUUAAACGACGAUGUAGUGCGGCGUCCGAAAAGUCCGGGGAUCUCGCGCAUACACGUCGGCCAAGAUCACUGUCACGAUCGAGAUCGAGCACGUGUACCGUUUACGAAGCCACGGCUCGCACUGUCGCACCCGCAUACAGGGAAUCUUCUUAGCCGUGUGUCCACAGACUGGAUAACUCGGAGUAUAGCCACGCAGGAAAGAUCUCCGGUAUUCCGUGACCGAUCCUCGGCUUCUCGUCGAUCUUCCGUUCGAUCGAAGUGAAGAGAAUCGUUCUGUUCCUCGGUGGAUUUUAUUUUCGUUCCUUCGGAUUAAGCAGGAGUGAAACAUCGUGACGUGAUACGGGACUCUGAAAAGAGAUCGAGAUAAUGACAGUCAUGGUGGAGCCCAUGAAAGUUGAGGAGGGCGAACGUCCGAAGAUCACAGCCUUCGACGACAUCCUCCCAUACGUCGGCGAGGCAAGCCGCUACCAAUUGUUCCUUUUCAUCCUGCUACUGCCCUUCACCUUCGUGUACGCGUUCCUCUACUUCACGCAGUUCUUCAUCACAUUGCAGCCGGCGGAACAUUGGUGUACUGUGCCGGCACUCGACGACUGGAAUCUCACAGAUCAUGAAAAGAUCGCGUUGUCCAUACCUCCAGCAUCGGUAGAAGAAUUGAAAGCGGAAGGUGCUACAACGUUUUCCCGAUGCAAAAUGUACGAUGUGAACUAUCAGGAUUUGUUGAAUCAGGGUGUCAGGAAUUCAGAUCCAUCUUGGCCCAUUAAACCGUGUCAGAAUGGAUGGACUUUCAAUCACACGAUGAUACCGUACAAGUCUAUCGCCGUUGAGCUCGAAUGGGUCUGCGAAAAUGCUUUCCUCGGCUCCGCAGCCCAGUCAGCCUUUUUCGUGGGCAGUAUUAUUGGCGGUUUGAUAUUUGGUUACAUAGCCGACCAUCAUGGAAGAAUUCCAGCGUUGGUCGCCUGUAAUACGGUUGGAUUUAUCGCGUCCGUGGGCACGGCGUUCUGCAACAGCUUUUGGAGCUUCUGUUUAGCAAGAUUAGUAGUCGGCACGUCGUUUGAUAACUGCUUUAACGUACUUUUCAUUAUUGUGAUCGAGUACGUCGGCCCGAAAUACCGAACCCUUGUCGCGAACAUGUCCUUCGGGCUUUAUUUCGCAGCAGCUGCGAGUCUUUUGCCAUGGAUCGCUUAUUGGAUCUCCGAUUGGCGAAUUUUGAGCAUGGCCACCGCCUGUCCCAUGGUCGUUGCUUUCAUAGGACCAUGGAUUGUCCCAGAAAGUGCACGUUGGUACAUUACCAGCGGCAAAAUCGACAGAGCGAUCGAGAUGCUGAAAAAGUUCGCAAAGGUGAAUGGCAAAGAAGUGAAGCCAGAAAUCUUCGAGGAGUUCGAGAAGAGCUGCAGGUCGAUGAUUGAGAAGGAUAAAUCGCAUAACCAAUACACCGUUCUGCAUCUCUUCAAGAAGCCGAGGCUAGCUCGUAUUACUAUUAUGCUCAUUAUUUAUUGGCUUUUGAUGGUGUGGGUGUUCGACGGCCAUGUCUGGAACAUGAAACUUCUCGACCCAGACGUAUUCACAUCCUUUUCUUUGGCCUCCCUGACGGAACUUCCCGCCGCCAUUCUGCUCGCCCUCUUUUUGGACAGAUGGGGCAGACGAUGGAUGGGCUUCGCCUCGAUGUUCCUCUGCGGAAUUUUCUCCUUUAUCGCUAUAUCUACACCUCCUGGUGCACCAACGGUCACUAUGGCGAUCAUAGCCCGUCUUGGAGUUAAUAUCGCCGCGAACAUCGGCUUCCAAUAUGCGGCGGAAAUGCUACCAACUGUGGUGCGGGCGCAAGGUGUGUCCUUGAUUCACAUCAUUGGUUAUUUGGCUCACAUUUUGGGACCCUACAUCAUUUAUCUGGCUGAUGUCGAUCCUGCUCUGCCCCUCAUCACUCUCGGCUUGUUAUCUUUCCUGCAUGCAUUCUUGACACUCGGCUUGCCAGAAACCUUGAACCAAGAUUUACCGGAAACCCUUCAAGAAGGCAACGAUUUUGGCAGGGAUCAAAGUUUUUGGUGGAUCCCCUGCAUAUCCUCGAGUGAGCCGCUGAAGAAGUCCCACCGGAAGAAGCAAGGUCUCGCAAAUCCUGCGUUCGCCGGUAGCAUACAGAAGAUCGACUGUACGAGAUUAUAGCGAUCGUUCGACAGUGACUGGCAUCGAUCAGUGAAACUUGCCAAAUCCUCUGUAAAUAUAGUCAUUAAAGAGUGUGAGUGUGAUGUUACGUGUUAAAGUCUGCUGCGAGUGUGCUGAUUGUGAAAAGUAUUGGUAGACCCAGGGAAUUACACUAGAAGAGACAAAAACGUUGAGAUUCCUUGAGCGGAUCUUGCUCGGCUAAUAAUACUGUCGGUAUUAAUAAUAUUAAUUAAUUAAUUUAUAAAUAUUGACAGCAGUGGUACUGAUCGUGUGUAGGCAGCGACGAUUGAUCGACAUUGAAUUUCUUAUUCCUGAAGCAUCAAUGACGUGAAGCGAUGACUACUGACAGUUAUUAGUACAAUAUUAACGGCGACUGCUCUGCGUUUUAUGCAUUUGUACUAUACAUAGAUUAUUUUACAUUCCUUACGGUCUAAACAUGCAGUCAGAUUAAUAAAGUAUAAUACUAAUUUACUAAGUUUAUAGUCACUUCCUACAAAAUUAACUAAUCCAUUUCAUGCAUCGGGAAUGAAAUUGUAUUCGGAACGAAGCUCGCUAAUUUGAACAACUUACUACUCGCUAUUGAAGAGUCAAGUGAUAUUGCUUGCUUCUCAUUUCUCAAUCGCUUACUUAUGAUGGAAAUGCAUAAAAUUCGCAGCUCUGUGUAGAAUUCGGUCAAGCAGAUCAGACACACACGCAAGUUGUAAACUAGUGUCUAUAAAAAACGAAACAAAACAAGGAUCAAAAAUAACAAUUAGUCUUGAACUUUUUUUACAAGAAAAUCGAUAAGAUUAGUUGAAUUAAAAGGGAUAUUAACAAAAUCUAGAGAAAGAUUGUAUCAGAAUAACCACAUAACUGAAAUCUUUCGAUCUUUAAACGAUUUGAUUACAAAUAAUAAUUAGAAAUAACCAAAAAUUUAUUUUAUUACCGAUUGUCAUUAUACAUUGUACAUAUUAUAUAAUAAGGAAAAUCUGUUUCGGUUGUACAUAAUAGUCGUCGGUGGGAAAAAUUUAUUUCAGUAGCUCCAGGAAUCAAAAUAAGUUUCUUUCGCCGAUGACUGCCGAUUUAUGCAAAAUAAAUAUUGUCUUCAUAAUUGUAAUGAGUCGAAAAUAAUAUAAAUCUUUUAACUGUUGUCCACUUGAUUAUCAACAAUGGUUAUGGAUCAUGAAAAAGACUUCUCAACCAUAUAUAUUUAUUAUUUUCAAUCUCAGAAAGAUUUUAGUAAAAGAAAUAAUUCUUAUCCUAUGACUUGUUUCAUGUGGGUCCAUAACAGUUAUGGUCCUUGAAACAAAGUACAAAACCCGGUGAAUGUUUCUAUUUUAUAGCUGCGCUCAUAUGACUACUCUAUCAGUAGGUUUCAUACUGAAUAUAGAACAUACACGUCUAUGUUGAGCAGAAAUAGCGACAGUAGUACUGAUAGAGUAAGGUUGCAAAGAUAAUGAUGCGGUUUGUCUUUGUUAGUAUUAUUUAAUCAAUAUUAUUAUUGUUGUUACUAUUGUUAUUAUUAUUGACCGUGUAAGGUCCGCUUUCAAAACUCUGUAGAAAGUCGAUCGUUUCUUGCACGUGAAAAAAAAUGUAAUUUGAAACAUCAAUCGAAAAACCUAUCGAACAGAUAUUUCAUAGCUUUUUGUCUGGAAAUGACCUGUCAUCUGUCAGCAUUUUUACAUUUCUAAUUGGAACAUUGGUAUUAAACUGCCGUAAAUGUUGUGAACGAAAUAAUAUCAUUGUUCUUAAAGUUAUGAAAUAUUAUCCACCAGAAUAUCGUAUAUUUAGUUUCGUUGUGCUAAUGCCAAGAUUAAAAGUAAGCCUCCCGAUUAAUAUUUGAAAAUGGUUUAAAACUUCUGAUAACCCUAAUGUAUCGAAAGUCGUGUGACUUUCUUCUACGAUGUAGAUGUGAAUAAAUUAUCUCGUUAGAGUUGAAACGAAUCAUCGGCGAGACACUGUAGGUGUUACGAAACUCGAGCUGUCACCUGUCACGUUUACUGUACUGUAAGUAAUGUGCAAUUAAUUUAUAUGGAACCCAAGCGGAUCAUAGGUUUGCGACAUGUAUUUCCGUGAAACGUCGACUCAUUCGUUCCUGUAUUCGCCAUCAGUUACAACUGUUUUAACAAUUAAUCCAUUACUCAACUUCAGAAUACAAGGUGACCUAUAAUUCAUGGUACAACUUGAAAGUUGACGAUUCCGAAUGAAAAAAAGGAAACGAAACUAUACAAUAUGUAAUUUGUUCAGUUUUAGUUGAAUCUCACGUAUUACCUGCAAUUGACAAAAUUACAUACAAAACCAAAAGUUUUUAAUUAAAUAUUUAGAAGACAAAGAGAUAUUAGUCAAUAAUUUUUGUACUUGAUUAACACAAUAGCUAUCAGGGUCAGUUGGAUCCUUAAAUAUCAAAUCUCUAUUUAAGUUGACAAUUAUUUCUUUUUCGUGACCCAACAGUUGUUAAAUAUAUUGCGAAACUCUGUGCAUUUAUGUAACGUAAAAAUCUGAAAUAAGCUGAUGAAAUUUAUAAUCCUAAAUAAUUAAUAUACGGUAUUGUACUAUUGCACUCAAUAUUUCACUAAGUUCAAAAUUCUUUUCUGUCUGCAAAACUGUAAAUUUACACGAAUAUCCAUGGCUAAUAAUAUUGUUAUUAUAAUAGGCAUCCACGUUGAAAUUUGAACUAUUUUGAAAUAGUUUGCUGCAACAAUGACAUAAUACAAAAUUUAUAGUUUUAAAGUUGUUAAUGCAGGAAGAAUGGUUCUGGUGUAUGCUUUUCAUGUCAGAACACUUGUACCAUUAUUGCAUCAUCAUAUUUGAUACAAUGGAACAAUUUCUAUACUGACACAUCUUGGUUGCAUAUGUAAAGUUGAAGCAUAAACUAUAUUGAAAUUGCAAGAAAAGUGUCAUAUUUAUAUUUUUUCUUUAAAACUAAUGACAUAUUACUUGAUGCAUUACAAAAUUUGAAAAUUUGUGUAAAUGAAAAAGCAUGUUAACGAGAUUUUGUUAGUAGAAAGAUGUUAUUUUUUGUCAACGAUCACCAUACUAAAAGUUUGGACACCACUUACGAUAUUGUUGUUUCUCUGAAGACAAAAAGUAUUUUGUAACACACUCUUCACGAUACGAUAGUAAGGUUAUUUGAUUUGAAUUAAGCUACUGAUUUUCGUUCACGUUCACGAUGAUGAUUUCAGGACCGUGUAGAAUCGUAUUAGAAUUAUUCGCGUACUUAUCAGAGAAGUCCCCGCUUCUUGGCCCAGUGUAGAUUAUCCCGUAAGUUAUACGAUUUUUCCAGAGACUUGAAAUUGAAAUAAUGUGAGUCAACGUUACCAUGAAUUACCUCGUUAAUGUAUGCGCUACAUUGGACAGAAAUUUUUAAUCAAUGUUAUAUUAAAGGUUUGCAAGGACUGAUCUUUUCAGGUAUUGCAAUCUUUAAAAACAGCCGUAACGAAAAUAGAUACAUAUGUUAAUAUCUAACAUAAGUAAGACAUGUUCUAAUACUCUAUCGAGAGAUUAUUAGUGUAAAGUACCAUUCAAGAGGAUUUAUGAUUUUCGUGCAGGAAAGCAGAAUACCAAAUUUUAGAAAAUGGAGCUUAUUGUUGUGAAUAAUUUGUUGAACGAAAUUGGCUAAAAAGUUGAAAAUAUAUCAUUCAUUAAUUACUAA